AGGAAUAGUUGAACGUAGCUGAUAGUAGAAUGCAUUAAAUUGUAGCGCUGGGAAACAUAAACGGUCUAAUCUUGGGAAGUUCCACUCCUAUCGAGCUUUGACGCUCAAAUGUUGGUAAACCGGAGCGUCCGCUAGUAAUACACGUCGCCAGUGAUCGCCCGAAAUCGAUCGUAAACGCGGCACUGUUGUAGUCCAUCGGGCACGUGGACUCGAAAUUGACCGCCAACAGUCGUUAUUACAGACCACCAUCGACAGACCCGAGGAUGGCCUCGUACGAUAGUCAAAAUCUUCUAUCGGGCGGCGGCCGCACAAAUGGAAGCAUUAGCGUCGUUAGCAACCGGGGUAAGUAACUUUGGCCCAACGGUAACAAUGAAGCCGAAAAGUCACCGUUCUUGGAAAAGUCGGAACCGGUGCGACUCACGCCGGCCUGGGAGGAAACCAAUUUAUCCAACGAUGAGCUCAAUUUCAAAGGGCUGACGAUGGAGCGAGCGAAAAUGCAGCUCAAUCCACCGAAGGACAAAAUGCUGCUCGUCUUCAUCGUUCUGAUGAUCCACGGCAUCGGUACGCUAAUGCCGUGGAACAUGUUCAUCACUGCCAAAUCCUAUUUCGUAGAUUACAAGCUUAGUCAAAACUACACCGGUGUCGAGUCGGAAUAUGGCACAUACUUUCUAUCUUCCCUCGGCUUUGCAUCGCAAAUUCCGAAUCUUUUGUUCAAUUGGCUCAACAUUUUCGUCAACCUUGGCGGUAACCUUACGAAGCGUAUCGUCUACAGCAUCAUGAUCGAAGUGAUCGCCUUCGUCGUGACGGUGGUGCUGGCCAUGAUCAACUCGUCCGAGUGGCCGGGAGCGUUCUUCUGGAUAACGAUGACCACGGUGGUCAUUUUGAACAUGGCCAGUGGUAUCUACCAGAACUCGGUGUACGGAAUGGCGGCGAAGCUACCGUUCAAGUACACCGGUGCCGUCGUGCUCGGUUCCAACGUUAGCGGUACGUUCGCUUCAAUCAUCUCACUUCUCAGCUCCGAGUUUGCCUCUUCCGUGCGAACAGCCGCGAUCUACUACUUCAUCACGGCCAUGUUCGUGCUACUGCUGUGCUUCGAUACCUAUUUCGCGCUACCACUGAACAAAUUUUAUCGCUACCACGAGCUGAUGAACGAGAAAGAAAUGGAAUCGAAUAAACGGUUGAACGCGGGCGCACGGCCUCCGUACUGGACCAUCUUCAAGCAAGCGUUUCCGCAGUUGUUCAACGUGUUCUUCGUGUUCUUCGUCACGCUGUCCGUCUUUCCGGCCGUUCAUUCGGAUAUCAAGCGCAUGGACAGUGAAUUCCCGGUGCCGGAAAAGCUGUUCGUGAGCAUUUGUUGCUUCCUGACGUUCAACGUGUGCGCCAUGCUGGGCAGUUUGACGACGUCGUGGGUAACCUGGCCCAAGCCAAAGUACCUCGUGUGGCCCGUCGUGCUGCGCGCCGUCUUUCUGCCCCUGUUCCUGUUCUGUAGCUAUCAGCCACUCAACAUCACUCGGGUGCUGCCGGUGUACAUCGACAACGAUUGGGUGUACUGGGGAAUCGGCAUCGUGAUGGCCUUCUCGUCCGGCUACCUCAGCUCGCUCGGUAUGAUGUACGCACCGCAGUCGGUCGAACCGCAGUACGCGAUGACGGCCGGCAUGUUUGCGGCCGCCAUGCUCAUCACCGGCAUCUUCACCGGUAUUUUCUUCUCGAUGCUGUUCCCAAUGUUCGUGCAGCACAACUUCCUCGACUGGUUCCACUAGGCCCGGCGUUGGGGAAUGGACGUGUACGACGACUACCUGUCGUCGUAACUGCAUACGUACCAUUCUCAGGAUCCUUGCGGCUCUAGACCGCUGUACGCCGGUCGAAGGGCGUUCGAUAUCUCCUAUCUCACCAUCCGCUCUUGCCUUUUUGGCACACCUGUUACUAUUUUAAAUUCUGUCGUGACAUGGGGCGGGAAACAGGGGGAGUGUCUGUUGGGAUCGGCCAAAGGGCUGGGAGUGUGUGGUAAGAGCUCCGAACCAUAUCACAGAAUUAACAGGAAGUGUGCAAGAAAGAAGCACACGCUAUCGCGACGUGGUGGCUGAACUAAAGUCGGAACCGCUGCUGCCAACUUUCAAUGGAAAUCUCUCAUUAGUUUAGGUGGUCAGGGGAUAAUUUCAUGCUUUGAUUUGAUAAGUUUUCAUUUUUCCAUUUUAGGCUUAUUAGUUUGGAUAGGUUUAGCUAGUUCCGCUUCACCGGGGAAGGAGUGAUAUAUCUUUCGGUCUUCGGGAAUGGACCGCAGACUGAUGUAGUAACCAAAAAUAUUAGUGAACCAAACGCAAACAGCUGGACGACACUUUUGGAGCGCUUUAGAAAUUAUUUGUAAUCGUCGUCCAUCUCUUAUUUUUGGCAUUUACACAACGAAUGGGUCACAACCCGGCGCCGGAGUGUUACGUUAACAGUUUGGUAGUGUUCAAAGGUUAGAUGUUAGAGCGAAUGCACUGCUGAAUUAAUUCUGUAGCCAGCGACUGAUUUCGAAUGGUGGAAUGAUGGGCCACGAGUCAUCCUUUUCGGUGGAUACCAGAGAGAACAUCUUCCUUUUUACCGACGGUUGUUAAUGGCUUUUAGUAGCAACAAUCCCAUUUCUGCCGAAUGCAUCGAAUUGUUAACGAACACGUUCAAUUUAUUCUUAUUCUACGUUUGUUUUUGCUCAACGUCGCUCUAGUCGAGCAUCGCUUUAAAGUAGGGUUUAACAUAUGACCAAAUUUAUCUUUUAGUUUGUAUGCUAAAGUUUAACACAGCUCUGCUGGUGAACAAUGCGCAGCGCCAUUAUCAUUGGUUAGUAGCUAUAAGUUUUUUUUGCAAAUUUCUGCAAUUUUGUGCUUGGUUUUGCUUUCAAUUAUAAUAGUAUCCUUUUCAUUUAGAAAGAAGUAAGAAACACAGGGACAGUAACACAACUUAAUCAGAGAGGCGAAUAAGAGUCGACAAAGAAUCGAAAAGCGUUAUUUCUCAUAGGAAUUAACUUUCAAUGUCUAUAAAACAGUUUGUUUUAGUAACACAUUAUUUUCAACCAUAGAAAAGGCAUUGUUCUAGGGAACGCAUAUUAUUUCUGACAUUCACCCGUUUUGUUGCACUUUGUGUUGUUUAAGAUCAACUCGUUCGACUGCUCAAUGUUUCCGCUAAAGAAACUCUAAAUUACAUGUUGAUACCGUGUAGCAGCUCUACAGAGCGUAAAACAUGAUUUAGAAUUACAUCUGAAUGAAUUAAUAAAAUGUAUU